CCCCGGGUACGUGGCGCGCGGUCCCGCUGUAGGUUCUUGUGUCACGAGCCUUAUCCGAGCCGCGGAGUGGAGGCAGGAGAAUUAUAGCGGACAUCACUAUCACAGGACAUCUCAUUUAACACGUUUGAACAGAGACGGUGUUUAAUCGUAAGUCGAUGUUCGGCAGGUAACUCUGUCUGCUGAGAGCGGUCGGUUAAUCGGUGAUGUUUUCCACCAUUUGAAUGAUAUCGCUGGCCAGCUAGCUAGCUAGCUGUUGAGCUAGCUUUACGGUGCGUGACUCGAAGUAACUUAACGUUAAACUGACGGACGUUAUUUUCAUUAACGCAUCAGGCUGCAUUCCUUCUGGAAACAUCCCCAGAGUGGUGUUUCUACCUGAAGUCAAUCCUUACUGCAAGUGUUAGAGCAGAGCUGCUAAUCUUAGCCUGAUAAGGAUUGAAUGAAAUAACGUUAGCUUGUCAUAGCCAGCGGAAACGAGCCAGUUAUCCGGGAGAACUUAUCCCGGGUUAACAACCGACAUCCAGCAAAUCCAGCACAUGCUAACCACGCCAGCCUCCUACAGACACCGUCACAGUGAGGUGGUAGCUAACAGUCAGUCAUAGAGCUGUGAAGGGCUGCUCAGGAGCUGCUACAGACCUCAGGUUGGCCCUGUUCAGACCAGGGAGAGAAGCUGACCGACAGUUCGGUUUAACGGAUCAGGGCUGAGAGAGAACACAAACCUGCAAACAUGCCGGCUGUGUCGAAGGGAGACGGGAUGCGCGGAUUAGCGGUGUUCAUCUCGGACAUCAGAAACUGUAAGAGCAAGGAGGCCGAGAUCAAACGCAUCAAAGAGCUGGCCAACAUCCGCUCCAAGUUCAAAGGGGACAAAGCUCUGGACGGAUACAGCAAGAAGAAAUAUGUCUGCAAGCUACUCUUUAUCUUUCUGCUCGGACAUGACAUCGACUUUGGACAUAUGGAGGCCGUCAACCUGCUGAGCUCCAACAAGUACACAGAGAAGCAGAUUGGUUACCUGUUCAUCUCAGUCCUGGUGAACAGCAACAGCGAGCUGAUCCGUCUGAUCAACAAUGCCAUCAAGAACGAUCUGUCUAGCCGUAACCCCACCUUCAUGUGCCUGGCCCUUCACUGCAUCGCCAACGUGGGGAGCCGCGAGAUGGCCGAGGCCUUCGCCAGCGAGAUCCCCCGGAUCCUGGUGGCUGGAGAUACGAUGGACAGUGUGAAACAGUCGGCCGCUCUGUGUCUGCUGAGGCUGUAUAAGACCUCUCCGGACCUGGUGCUGAUGGGGGAGUGGACGUCUCGAGUGGUUCACUUGCUCAAUGACCAGCACAUGGGUGUGGUGACAGCAGCCAUCUCUCUCAUCACCUGUCUGAGCCAGAAGAAUCCAGAUGAGUUUAAGACCUGUGUGUCUCUGGCUGUGUCCCGACUCAGCAGGAUCGUUUCGUCGGCCUCCACCGACCUGCAGGACUACACAUACUACUUUGUCCCUGCACCGUGGCUCUCCUGCAAGCUGCUGCGCCUGCUGCAGUGCUACCCUCCUCCAGAGGAUGGUGCCGUCAAAGGCCGUCUGGUCGAGUGUCUGGAGACCAUCCUCAACAAGGCCCAGGAGCCCCCCAAGUCAAAGAAGGUCCAGCACUCCAACGCCAAGAAUGCUAUCCUGUUCGAGGCCAUCUCACUCAUCAUCCACUACGACAGUGAGCCGAACCUGCUGGUGCGAGCCUGUAACCAGCUGGGCCAGUUCCUGCAGCACAGAGAGACUAACCUGCGCUACCUGGCUCUGGAGAGCAUGUGCACUCUCGCCAGCUCUGAGUUCUCUCAUGAAGCCGUGAAGACGCACAUUGAGACCGUCAUCAACGCUCUCAAGACCGAGAGGGACGUGAGUGUCCGGCAGCGAGCAGCCGAUCUGUUGUACGCCAUGUGUGACCGCAGCAACGCCAAACAGAUCGUAGCUGAGAUGCUGAGCUACCUGGAGACAGCAGAUUACUCCAUCAGAGAGGAGAUGGUGCUGAAGGUGGCCAUCCUCGCAGAGAAGUAUGCUGUUGAUUAUUCCUGGUACGUGGACACCAUCCUUAACCUCAUCCGCAUAGCUGGAGACUACGUCAGCGAAGAGGUCUGGUAUCGCGUCAUCCAGAUUGUCAUCAACCGAGAUGAUGUUCAGGGCUAUGCCGCCAAGACGGUCUUUGAGGCCUUGCAGGCUCCUGCCUGCCAUGAGAACAUGGUGAAGGUUGGAGGCUACAUUCUGGGAGAGUUUGGAAACCUUAUUGCUGGUGAUCCUCGAUCCAGCCCCCUGGUCCAGUUUAACCUUCUUCACUCCAAGUUCCAUCUGUGCUCGGUGCCGACCCGCGCCCUACUGCUAUCCGCAUACAUCAAAUUUAUCAACCUGUUCCCAGAGACCAAGGCCACCAUCCAGGAAGUGCUGCGCUGCGACAGCCAGAUCCGCAACUCAGACGUGGAGUUGCAGCAGAGGGCUGUCGAGUAUCUAAAGCUCUCCUCCAUUGCCAGCACCGAUGUCUUGGCCACCGUCCUGGAGGAGAUGCCUCCAUUCCCUGAGAGAGAGUCGUCCAUCCUGGCUAAACUGAAGAAGAAGAAGGGGCCUGGUGCUGUUUCUGUGACAGAGCUGGAAGACAACAAGAGGGAGGGCGGGGAGCUGAACGGAGGAGGCGACCGGGGACCUGACACAUCUGCUAUGGCUGCCUCCAACGCUUCUACCCCCUCUCCGUCUGCAGACCUCCUCGGGAUUCGUUCUGCAGCUCCUAUUGGUGCUGCUCCAGCCAGCGCUGGCAGCCUAUUGGUCGAUGUUUUCUCUGAGGCAGGGCCAGCUGCUCCCUCUGCGGCUGUGAACGAUGACGGCUUCCUCAGCUCUGCUCCUCCCUCUGAGGAUCCUGCUCCUCCUCUGCCUGAGGCAGAUGAACUCCUCAACAAGUUUGUGUGCAAGAACAACGGAGUUCUGUUUGAGAACCAGCUGCUACAGAUUGGCAUCAAGUCAGAGUAUCGUCAGAAUCUGGGGAGGAUGUACUUAUUCUACGGUAACAAGACAUCAGUGCAGUUCGCCAGUUUCACCACCGCAGUCAGCUGUCCUGGAGAGCUGCAGUCUCAGCUCAACGUUCAGACUAAACAAGUGGAGCCGCUGGUGGAGGGUGGAGCUCAGAUUCAGCAGGUCUUAAACAUCGAGUGUCUGACCGACUUCUCGGAUGCUCCGCUGCUCAACAUCAAGUUCAGAUAUGGUGGAGCUCUGCAGAAUCUGACCCUGAAACUGCCUGUCACCAUCAACAAGUUCUUCCAGCCCACUGAGAUGACCUCACAGGACUUCUUCCAGCGCUGGAAACAGCUCAGCCAGCCUCAACAAGAAGCACAGAAGAUCUUCAAGGCUAAUCACGGCAUGGACACUGAAGUCCUGAAGGCUAAGCUGCUGGGACUAGGAACGGCCCUGCUGGACAACGUCGAUCCAAACCCAGAGAACUACGUGUGUGCCGGGGUGAUCCAGACGAAGGGCCAGCAGGUGGGCUGCCUGCUGAGACUUGAGCCCAACGCACAGGCACAGAUGUACCGUCUGACCCUGCGCUGCAGCAAGGACUCUGUCUCCAAGCGUCUCUGUGAGCUGCUGGCCGAACAGUUCUAGAGUCCAGACCAGAACCAGACCAGAUCUCCCACCAUCCCCACCAGCCAGCUGUCCCCUGGAGCCCUCUUCCUCCUCCUCCUCCUCCUCCUCCUCGUCCUCCCCCUCCUCUUCCUCCCCCAACAAAGAGUCUUUGAGUAAAAACAAGUUGUAACCUACAUAAGGGAAAGCAGCCACUGCUAGCAGCAGUGUCAAUAUUCUGUCAUUCUUCUGAUCCCAGAUCAUCUUCUUCUCGUUUAUUAACAUGAUGCUUCGUUCUUGUUUCUGUUGGUGUUUACCUGUGUAGCUGCUGGCCACCACUCUGAGCGUGUGUGUGGGUGGGUGUGUGUGCGUGUGUGUGUGUGUGUGUGUGGGUGUCCCUUGGUUGUGCUGGGGUCCUAUUCUGCUGCAUCCUGGCUGCUCUGUCGUGCUCAUCAGAUAAAUACUCACCCGUGUGUGUGAGUGUGUGUGUGUGUGUGAGACAUUUCAUUUGAUAAACAUUCCUUUAAGUCAGAGGGGUGACGCUGGUUAUUGAAUACUCACACAUGUGCACACACACACAAAUACACACGAUUCUGGGGGUCCAGUUUUUACUCUCUCCCCUCAAACAUUCCCAGUAUCAGGUUGCUAAAGGUGUUGGGAUGAUCUCAGAUCCCCGCCCCCCCAACCCUACAUUUCCUCCUAGUCCCAGUUGUGAACUACCGCCCCAACUCCCCAAUCUGAUCCACGUGUGUUUUUGAUGUGUGUGUAAAUAUGUGCAAUGUGUUCCUGUUUUGCUUUCUGACACAUUCCCAUCACGCUGGUUUAAAAUGACGACUCACGGUGGAGACUGCGUGAGUGCGGGGACAGGGUUAGCUCAGGGGUCUUUGUAUUCGAAGGGGCGCUCACAUAUUUUCACAUGUACUUAUUUCUCCUGUAAAACUGGAACAUUAAUGUCACUUCUGACGUUUUUCACAUUCAUUUCCUCCUCCUCCUCCAAGAUGAGCAACACAGCUGCGACACUGAAGCUCUAUUGUCCACAUUUCAAGCUGCUCAUUUUUUUGUAGGGCAUUUCCAUAAAGAGUAUCCAGAACCUUUAAACCAAGUAGCUCCUUUUUCAAGGGACUAAAAGGUACCGCCAGGACAUUUCUGUCAGUGGUUUUAGAUCACACCUAUACUCCACUGAUCAAAAAUGUCAUGCUUAGCCAUUUCCACCUCACAAGUCCUUGCACUUUCAGAAAGUAGUACCCACAAAGCAAGAACCUUUUGGUGGUACCAAAAAAAAAAAAGGGUCUCGCAAUGAGUUCCUCCAGAAGUCCUUGGUCCCAUAGUUCCAGAGGAAGCUGGCUCAGGCCGAACAGAGUCUGUGGUUGUUAUCUCUCUGAGGAUGUUCGCAGCUUUAGCACAAAUAGAUACACCAAUAGAGUAAUCUAGAGAAUAUAAACGCUUAAAAUGACACAUUGCAGCUCUGUGUGUUUGAUUCUGGACUCUCAGUCAUGUCCCUGCUCCUUCAGCUAAGGGUUUAUAGAAGAGACCAAACUCAAGCAGAGCACUAAACGUUUCCUUUUUCCGCUUCUUCCUCGGUGUCUCUCACACACGGCAGCCAUCUUUCUCUCAUAUGCACUUCUAAUGUUGUACCUCUGUCUUUCGAGUUUGCAAGUUCUAAAAAAAAUGAAGGAAAUCUGACAAGUUAGUGCGACCUCGCAGCUUCCAGAUUGAUCAGCAUCGAUACAAAUCUGGAGGGACAUAAUCAGACUAAAACUGCACGUUGGUUAACUCAUUAGCUAGUCUCAGGCAACAGCUGACUUUAGAAUUUAUCCACUUCCUAGCUAACACUACCAUGAGCUGGGGAUUUCCACCUCUCAAUGAAUCCUUUAACACUACCAAACUGUAAUAUUAGCCAACAAGUAUCUAAAUGCUCACGUUAGCUGUUGUCUAAGGAUAGUAAAUAAGUUAUUUGAUAUGUGGUGUUAAUGCAAAAUAUGUCUGAAUGCCCCUCUACACUUUACAAUUGUCUUUCAGAUGCUGAUACACCAAGAAUUAGUCAAACAAUCAAAGCAGUCGGACAUCAUAACAAUAUGUUAGCCUCACUCUGAGCGUGAUGUCAGAGGAAAAUGGCCGCUGUGUGUAUGUGAUGACUGUGGUGGUGGCGGGAGGGGGCAGGAUGCCAGACACCCACAUGUCCAUUACAACUACACGGGACUCAGUGUGUUUGUGUGUUUGUGUGUGUGUGUGUGUGUGUGUGUGAGAGUGUGAGAGUGAGAGUGAGAGAGAGAGAGAUUGAGAGAGUGUGUAUGUGGUUGAGCGAGUGUGGCUGUAAGCAGGUAAUAAUAAAAAAAAUGAAGCCUAAAGACAUUUCUAACCCAUGGUCACAUGACAUUCUGACAGGAAGUUGAACUUUGUAGUGUAGUCAUUCUGUGUGUGUGUAUGUGAGUGUGUGUGUGUGUGUGUGUGUGUGUGUGUGUGUGUGUGUGUAUGUGUGUGUGUGUGUGUCUAUGCAGUAUCCACUAGCUGUUGCAGCCUCAUGUAUCGGUGUUAAAGACCUGUCCAAUACCUGUGUUAGAAUAAGAUUUACUCUGUAAUGAAGAAAUGUGAAAGUAAAAAUAUGCCAUAUAUCCGA